AUGUCAGAAGCGUCUGAUGAAGUGGACGUGGCGGUGGCGGUGAUCAAAGAUGGCUCCACUGCUGCGGCGGACUCAGGGAGGCAGUUCCUCAAAGUCUUCGAUGGAGACGAUGCAGUCAAACGCGGAUGUUUCCGGACCGUGUCUGUCUCCAAGGCAACCAACAACGAUGAAGUGGUGGAGGCAGCACUGAGAGCGUACUACCUGCCCGACGACCCGCUGGACUUCGAGCUGCAGGAGGUGGGACUCCAUAGAGCGGCACACACAGACCCCUCGCACAGUGAAGAAGAUGUCCUGAACAGCAACGGCCUGAGCCAGGAGCCACAGCCCAGCGAGGAGCAGGGGGAGACCUGGGUCCUGAGAGCCAAGGACAAGUUCAGUGAAAUCCUGCGGGUCUACCAGGACUGGGACAGGUCAGACUCGUCUUUCGUGCAAGUGUCUGUUUCUGAGAAGAUCACCGCAGCCACAGCUCUCCAUGAGGUCCUGGGUCGACUGGGACGACAGGGAGACCAGGAGUCGAGCUAUAGUCUGCAGGAGGUCUACAUGAGCAACAGACAAGUCAUGAAGCAAACCCUGAUGCCCACGGAGAAAGUCCUGGACAAAGUUCGAGAAAUCAGAAAGGUGUCUUUGCGGCAGAUGCACCAGACGCGCUUCUACGUGGUGGAGGACCGGAAGGCGGAGGUGAAGGUGGACCUGCUGAUCGGAGGACUGCCCCCCCUGCUGGACACGCAGGAGUACAGCAACAUGCUUCACGAACACAUGGCCAUCAAAAGUGACGUAGUGUCAGUGGGACAGGUGUAUGGAGCCCAAGGCUGGCUCUCGCUCCAGGUCUCGUGCUUUGCGGAGGCAGAGAGAAUCUUCAUGUUGGCCAAAGACACCACAGUCUCCAACAAACAGCUCACUUCGCUCGUCUGUCCACUCAUACAGGUGGAGAGUCUGUGCCCGGAGCAGCAGCCGCUCCUGGUGUUUGUGAAUCCGAAAAGCGGAGGACUCAAAGGACGAGAGCUGCUGCACGCCUUCAGGAAGAUCCUCAACCCUCACCAAGUGUUCGACAUCAGCAACGGAGGACCACUGCCGGGGCUGCAUGUGUUCCGUGACGUGCCCCGCUUCAGGGUGCUGGUGUGUGGGGGAGACGGCUCGGUGGGCUGGGUCCUGUCUGUGCUGGAGACCCUCCGACAUAAGAUGGUGUGCAAAGAACCUCCACUGGCUAUCCUGCCGCUGGGGACAGGGAACGACCUGUCCCGGGUGCUCCGCUGGGGGGCCGGCUACAGCUCUGAGACCCCCCAGUCUGUGCUGCAGAGUGUGGAGGAGGCCGAGGAGGUGCUGAUGGACCGCUGGACCAUCCUGCUGGACGCGCAGGACCUGAGCCAGAGCGGCACGGACAACGGAUACCUGGAGCCGGCCAAGAUUGUGCAGAUGAAUAACUACUUUGGGAUUGGGAUCGAUGCCGAGCUCAGUCUGGAUUUUCAUUUGGCGCGAGAGGACGACCCUGACAAGUUCACCAGCAGGUUCCACAAUAAAGGCGUGUAUGUGAAGGUGGGUCUGCAGAAGAUGAGCUACAGUAGAAGUCUCCACAAAGAGCUGCAGCUUCAGGUGGACUUCGAGACGGUUCCUCUGCCCAACAUCGAGGGCCUCAUCUUCCUCAACAUACCCAGCUGGGGCUCCGGGGCCGACCUGUGGGGCUCAGAGAGCGACGCUCGCUUCAGGAAACCCAGCAUCGACGAUGGCCUCGUGGAGGUGGUGGGGGUCACCGGAGUGGUCCACAUGGGCCAGGUCCAGAGCGGUCUACGCUGUGGGAUCCGCAUCGCUCAGGGGAACUACAUCCGGCUGACAGUCUCUAAGCAUGUUCCAGUGCAGGUGGACGGAGAGCCCUGGAUCCAGCCGCCCGGACACAUCAUCAUCUCUGCUGCUGGUCCCAAGGUACGAAUGUUGCGGAAGUCAAAGCAGAGGCAGAAGAAGCACGUAUCCAGCACUAAAGACCCUCCGUCAUCCUGA